AUGCGAUGCCGCAGCCGCCAUGCGGUGAGCUCCCGAGGGGCCGGGAGGCGAGCCGGGGCCCCCAGGCGGGUGUGGGCAUCCUGUCUCCAGCCAGCGUCCCCGAGGCCGCGCUCAGGCCAUGAGCACUCGGUGAAGCUGCGCCCGGACAGCGCGGUGGACUCCUUCUCGCGCUCUGAGGACCUUUACUUUAGACUUGAAUCUGAAAUCUCAGAAGAUUUUGGCCGCUGGAUCACCGUGGGCAACUGCCUGCACAAGACCACCGUGCUGGCGGACACCGCCUGCCUCUUCACCCCGCUGGCGCUGCCCCUGGAUUACUCCCACUAUAUCUCGCUGCCCGCGGGUGUGCUGAGCCUGGCCUCCUGCACCCUCUCCGGCAUCUCCUGGCAGUUCGACCCCUGCUGCAAGUACCUGGUGGAGUACGACGCCUACAGACUGUCCCGGCUGCCCCUGCACACACUCACCUCCUCCACCCUGGUGGUGCUGGUCCUGAAGGACGACUUGCACAGGAAGAGACUGCACAACACGAUAGCACUGGCGGCUCUCGUGUACUACGUAAAGAAGAUUUACGAGCUCUGCACUGUAUGA